AUGGAGAGUGUUGUUAAGUUGGUCAUACAAAAAUUGAACGAUUUUGUAACGAAGGAAGCAGAUUUGGUAUUCGGAGUACAUGAUCAGAUCAUAUCGGUUCGAGCCGAUCUUGAAUGGAUGCGUGCCUUCCUCGAGGAUGUCGAUAGGGUUGGCAGAGAGAAUAAAAGAUUUAAGAUUUGGGUGACUCAAAUAAGAGACGUAACCUAUGAUGCUGAGGAUGUCAUCGACUCUUACAUUGAACAGAAACGACGAGAAGAUACAAGUGCUGGAUUGAUGAGAUGCUUAAGUAGUUUUGCUGAUUUCAUCAAAGAUAUACCGGCCAUCCUAGACGUUGGAAAGAAGAUCCGCAACCUAGAAAGAAGGCUCGGCCAUAUCAAGGAGAACAUAUCACGGUACGGCAAUAUAUCAGUUGGUGGAGAAGCUUCAUCUUCUUCAAAUCAAAGCCAGCUGCGGAGGGAGAAGAUGGCUCCCAUCGUCGAGGAAACCGAUGUGGUCGGUUUUGAUGACGAGACAAAGACACUGGUGGGGCGGCUGACUGAAGGAAAUGUGCGGCGUGCUGUGAUUUCGAUCACAGGUAUGGGAGGGAUAGGUAAGACUACUCUCGCAAAGAAAGUUUACAAUGACAUCCAUGUAAAGAAGAGUUUCGAUUUUCAUGCUUGGGUGUAUGUAUCUCAACAAUGUCUAGUCCGAGAGCUUUUACUGAGCAUUAUAAAAUGCUUUAGAGCCCUCCAACGAGAUGAAAUGGAGAAGACGCGUGAGGAAGACUUGCGGCAGGAACUCUCUCAGUACUUACAAGGGAAGAGAUAUCUGGUGGUAAUCGAUGAUAUAUGGCAUAGACAAGCUUGGGACAGUUUGGUUUCUGUAUUUCCAGAUACGGAGAAUGGCAGCAGAGUGCUGCUCACGACUCGCAAUGAAGAUGUAGCAAGGCACGCAGAUGCACAGAGUACACCCCAUAAACUCCGUUUGCUGGAUGGAAACGAGAGCUGGUCACUAUUUUGUAAGAAAGCACUUCCCGGGAAUCUUGCUCCUACGUGCCCUCCAAAUCUGGAAGAGUUGGGGAGAAAGAUGGUCGCCAAAUGUGGAGGUUUACCUCUAGGAAUCGCAGUAUUAGGAGGCGUGUUAUCAAGAAAAGAGAAGUCAGUGAAUUCGUGGGAGAAGGCAUAUUGGCCCUGA